UUCUGACGUAUUGAUAUUUUUGAUGCAGCUGCAUCGGUGGCUUUCUUCCUCCCUUUGAAGAGUUUACCGUUUUUUCGACGUGAAUUAUUUACAAUAGUUUUUCGGUUUGAAGUAUAGUGCUCAACAAGAUGGACAUGUGCCGGGCCUGCGGGGAGUUCCCCGACGGGACCAACCAGCUGUCGGAGUACUUGGAAAAGUAUUCCGACAUUUACUUCAAUCUGACAUCGAUUAAGCUGCCUCCAGGGGAAGAUUCGGACCGGCAGCGGAUCUGCGAGGGAUGUCACCUGAAGCUGUUGGAGUACAACCGAUUCCGGACGGUUUGCUUGCAGGUUCAUUACAAGCUAUCGGCUAUUAAAAAGGAAAUUGAACCAGACCAGGGAGAUGUCGUGGAUUUGGAGUGCAAGCCGAACGUCGACGCGCUGAAGAUUGAGCAGUUUGAUUUCUCUGACAACGACUUGGCGGAAGAUGACGGACAGAAUGCGGGAAAAGAAGAAGAGCACUCCGAGGAUGACAAUUCGUUCCAGGGAGAUUCCAGCUCGAAUUCCAGCAGCGAGAGUGAAUCGGAGGACGAACGACCGAUUGCCAGUCGGCGGAAAAAUAAGCAGAAGCAGAGCGCCAAGUCCAAACCGGUGGACGACAGCAAGGAGCAGAUUUAUCCCUGUACGGAGUGUAACAAAAAGUUCCGCAGCGAAACGCGCUUCCAGGGCCACAUGCGGAUGCACGAGGGUCUCAAACCGGCACUCUGCACGACCUGCGGCAAAUCGUUCGCCAAGUACAACAGUCUGAAGCUGCACAUCAACCAGAAGCACUCGGAGAACAAGGUCAAGUAUCCGUGCGACUUUCCGGGCUGCGAGCACGUCUACUCGACGAAGCAAACGAUGCAGCAGCACCGGAAGAAGCACGACCCGAACUACGUGACGCCGGAGCAGAAGCGGUCCGUUUGCGAUCAGUGCGGCAAGACGUUCUCGACGACCGGGGCGCUAAAGAAACAUAGUUACAUUCAUACUGGCGAUAUGCCUUUCCAGUGCACAGUUUGUAACAAGAAGCUUCCAACGGCUCACAAGUUGAAGGAACACACAAUGAGACAUGAGGGAGUCAAAAAUCACGUUUGCCCGUACUGUGGAAUGAAGAAGACGACUCGUCACGAGCUAAAGGUUCACAUGAACUAUCACACCCGUGAAAAGCAAUUUACGUGUCACGUGUGCGCACAAGUCUUUUCCAACAUUGGCAACAUGAGCCGCCACAUCCGCAUCGUCCACUGUGGCAUCAAGAAGUACUCGUGCACGUACUGCGAGCGCUCCUUUGGCAAGGCCGAAACGCUCAAGCAUCACGUCAUGAUCCACACGGGAGAGAAACCGCACGAGUGCAAGAUAUGCGGCCGGCGCUUCAUCCAAUCGGUGGCGCUGCAAACGCACAUGAAAACGCACCGGAAGCAUCAACAGCAGCAACAGCAAUCGAUGCAGCAACAGCAGUCGCCUUCGGUUGGGCCGCAAAUUGCACCCCAGCUGGCGCUUGAUCCGCAGCAGCAGCAAACUCAGCUUCACCAUCCGUCGAUGAUGAUGCAUUCGCCACCGCCGCAGAUUCCGCUUGGGGCGCCCCAGCAGCAGCAUUUACAGUGAGAACAUACAUUUAAAAUGUGAACUGUGUAUAAAGUGGCUUGGCGUAGGGAUGGGAAAUGAUGAAUCUUUGUAAACUCUAUAAUAUCUCUUAUAACGUAAACUAAGUUAUAUUUCUGAAAAUAAACGUAAUUGUGUAAUUAAUACCAA